CCAUACCCCCUCCUUCAUUCGCCUCCUCUCUCCCUUUUUUGCCCCCUCUCUCAUUUUCUCUCUCCUCCGUCGCAUCCACCACCCAAAGAUGCCUCCAAAGCUCGACCCUUCCCAAGUUGUCGAAGUCUAUGUCCGAGUGACCGGUGGCGAAGUCGGCGCUGCCUCCUCACUCGCUCCCAAGAUCGGUCCCCUCGGUCUCUCCCCCAAGAAAAUAGGAGAAGACAUUGCCAAGGAAACCGCCAAGGACUGGAAGGGUCUCCGUGUCACCGUCAAGCUUACUGUCCAAAACCGUCAGGCUAAAGUCAGCGUUGUUCCUUCCGCCGCUGCUCUGGUUAUCAAGGCACUGAAGGAGCCGGAGCGCGACCGCAAGAAGGUGAAGAACAUCAAGCACACUGGUAACAUCUCCAUUGAGGACGUCAUCGAGAUUGCUAAGAUUAUGAAGCCGAGAUCUAUGGCGAAAGAAUUGAAGGGCACUGUGAAGGAGAUUCUGGGUACUUGUGUUUCUGUUGGGUGUACUGUUGAUGGCAAGGAUCCUAAGGAUUUGCAACAGGAGAUUGCUGAUGAUGAGGUUGAAAUUCCUGAGAACUAAUUUUAUAGUUUAUAAUGUUAUGUUUUUUUUAUGAUUGAAAUUUUGAACCACAUUUUGUGUGUUCUUAAUGUUUGUUUAAUUUUGGUGAAUUUCUUUAAUCGAAGUUUUGGUUUAGGUGAUUUUAAGACAUAGUUGUGGAUGAAACUGGUUAGAUAUAUGUUUCGAUGAACAAGGAAAUCACGGUAGUUUUUAAAAUCGGUAUUUCUGCUUGAAUGA